UGAUGCUGCACGCCGCUAGCACGUGACUCCCCCGCAACAUGGCGGCGCCCAGGAAAACCUCGCCAGAUUCGGACUCCGACAGCAGCGAUGAGGAUUUAGAGCGUUUUCGCGAGGCAGCCUGGGAGCCACCGGGUGUUAAAUCAUUUCAACAUAAGCAGGAUGCUGUUGCUCCAGCUAUACCUAGUCUUCGUGUUCAGGUUGACUGCCAUGAUCAUGAUGGGAAUGAGCUGCAGACCACUCCUGAAUUUCGAUCACACGUAGCCAAAAAACUUACUGCCAUCCUGGACAGCUCCAUCAAAGAAAUCCCAGCGACCAGUAUGCUUCAAAAUAAGUCUGCAACAGUUACUGACGAGGAUGAUGGCUUCCGUCUGUUCUGUACAUCUGUGCCCGGGGACAUGGGCGCUGUGACGCCGGCCACAAAUUCCAGGCGCAAAAUGGUUUCAUCUAGCAGUGAGGAUAGUGAAGAGGAGGAGCGGAGGUGCCGUGAAGCAGCGGUGUCAGGCAGUGACAUCUUAAGAAACAGUGCAUUGCAGCAGGUGCAUUUGAGAACCUCAGACAGCACCGACAGCAGCCAGCCAUGCGCAAAAAAACACAAGAAGAAGAAGAAACAAAAGAAAGAUGACCAUGAGGAGGGAGAAGAGGACAGGUUAGGGACCACGCUUCAGGUAGAGCCAGAGAGUAAUGGACAAGGUAUGAAGAAGAAGAAGAAGAAAAAGACAAAAGAAAUACUUGAGGAGGAAGAGGCACAAAACAUAGAAGAGAACAGACUUCAAAUUGAGACAGAGAGCAAUGGACAAAGUUCGAAAAAGAAGAAGAAAAAGCAGAAAGUAGAUAUGUAACAUUACACUGGGCUUCAAAGCAAGUUGGCGGAAACUGGAAAUCUUUGAGGACUCGCCCUCCAUUUCAGAACUGGUCUGGGAGAAAAUGUAGUGAACCAUAAAUUCAGAUUUUUUUAUAUUAUAUCCAAAUCAAUAGAAAGCAACACAUUAGUUAAAAUAUCCACAAUAUGAAAGUGUCCCGCCUUUGCAUGUCAGCAUUGGCUCCAUGUGUCCUGCCAUAUUGCGACAGGCGUUGCUCCAGGAGUUCUGCCCAUCCAGGUUACCUCCUAUAUGUUCAUACCAUCUUAGUAUUAGCGAAUACAAUAAUGUAGCGAGUAAAGUCCCUUUAUA